UCCUCCAUUUUUCUGCUGCUGUAUCUUUUCUUCCCUCUCAAUGUCUUCUUGAUCACGAUCCGACGGUCCAAAAUGAAAGCUUAUCCUUUCGCUUGUUUUCUUUGCCUUUAGUGCUGGAAAAUCCUCAGAUCCACUAUCGCUUCCUUCCAACGCUUAUACUUUUCGCUCGUUUCCUUUGCUUUUAGCUCUGCAAAUCCACAGAUCUACUCUUUUUGACCUCUGAUCUCCGUUUCUCGGUUACGUUUUUCGAUUUAUCGUUGGCCGUAGUGAAACAGAGAAGCUGACCUUCGUUCAAUGGCGGUUACGGUUAGUCACGUCACGCUAACAUGCGCCGGUGAAACUCUAGCAACCAUUCUCGUUUCGGCUCUCGCCAAAACCCACCUUUUAGCUCUGAGCUCCUUCACAUUGCUGCUGGGCGACCAGUCACAAAACCAGCCUAAGCCGAAUGACGCUGACGGGGAAGAUGACAAUGACGACAACGACAACGGGGGUGAUGAGUUUGGAGAUGGUGAAGAGGAGCUGUCCUCGGAAUGUGGGGAAUACGACAAAAAUGGUAACAGCAACAAGAACAACCCGAAGAAGGGACCGGAAGGCGGCACAGGUGGGGCAGAACAGAAUGGAGAAGAUGACGAAGAAGAUGACGGCAACAAUGGAGAUGGUGAAGACCCGGAGGAUGAGGAGGACGAUGAAGAUGACGAGGAUGAUGAUGAUGGAGGUGAAGAGGAUGUUGAAGGAGUGGAAAGCGAGGAGGAGGAAGAAGACGAGGAAGCUCUUCAGCCACCAAAGAAAAGGAAGAAGUAAAUUGGUUAUAAAUAAGUUGAAGUCUCCCUUUGUUAUAGGUAAACUUGUUCAUCUAACAUUAUGAUGUUUUAUUUAGGCAUCAAGGAGGCUGUUUAGGGUUAAUGUUUUUACGCAUAUAUAUCAUUUGCAUAAUUAGAGUACGGUCGGAACUAUUUGGAUUCAAUUAGAAAACAACGCGUAUGA